GCAUUAAUAGAGUUUGGCGCGGGGAGCUGUGACUGGCUGUCAGGUGUCAUGUGACGCUGUCUCUCUUUCCCGGCAUGCAGCGCGUCCUGUGACGUCAGUAGAUGUGAUGUGUCCGAGGAGAAUGAGCCCUCAUGGCCCUCAUAGAAGGUGUUGGGGAUGAGGUCACCCUCCUCUGUGCCCUCCUUUUCCUCCUUUCGGUGGUGGCUUUGGCCUGGAUUUCUACCCACACGUCUGAGCGGGGAUCGGCUCCGUGGUCAUCUCAGAUCUAUGGUGGACGGAACAGCUCUGGGGGACACGGACCGGAGCGGGACCUGAGGGCCCCUAAUGAUCCUGUACCUGAGGGGUCCCCUACGACCAUCACUGACGGGAACUCCUCCACCGGCCCUGACCUCUCACCUGUAGAAGGGGGACCCUCACUGCACUGCACUGACCUCAAUGACCCUGAGAAUACAGGGGACAGGGGACCUCAAACACAGGCGCACCCUGAGAAUACAGGGGACAGGGGACCUCAAACACAGGCGCACCCUGAGAAUACAGGGGACAGGGGACCUCAAACACAGGCGCACCCUGAGAAUGCAGGGGACAUGGGACCUCAAACACAGGCGCACCCUGAUAAUACAGGGGGCAGGGGACCUCAAACACAGGCGCACCCUGAUAAUACAGAGUCUCCCACUGUCCGGAACAGGGGACCCCAAACACAGGCGCACCCCACCGGGAGCCAGGAUACAAUCACAUUGAGGUUGAAGUUCUUGAAUGAAACGGAGAGAGUGGUGAAUGUCCGGCCGACCGACUCCAUCCUGCACAUCAAGAGGAGUCAGUUUCCCGGGCAGGAGCCCUGCGUCCGCCUCAUAUAUCAGGGGCAGCUCCUCCGAGAUGAUUCGCAGACGGUGGCGUCGCUCCAGCUGGGUGACGGCUGUGUCCUUCACUGUCACAUCUCCCAGCAUGCCGCAGCCUCGGGCUCAGGGGGGGCUGAACCGUCCCAGGACGCGGUGAACAUUGGAAGCCUCAUGGUCCCGUUAUUCCUGCUCCUCCUGGGCGCUCUGUGGUACUGCCACUUCCAGUAUCCGCACGUCUUUAAUGGGACCGCCACCGCCUUUCUGGGCGCCAUGACUCUGUUUGUCUUAGUUCUGGUCUUCUCCUCGUACCGUAGAUAGUCCUACCUGCCUGGACCCUGCAUCAUCAUACUGAGGCGGUGGGAUGGCGGCCGUCCCUCAGUAUUGGACCACGCUGUGCUGAUGUGGAGGGAUUAUAUGGGACCACGUCCGUGUAUCUGGAGGUCUCACUGUGACAUGGCGGGAGCCUCUAUAUUCACCACUAUGGACGCCUCGUAUCUCUGAAGGAGGCAUAAAGACUGGCGGCUGCUCGGGGGAGGGGUCCGGGUCUCUGAUUCCUUCACAAUAAGAACCUGAUGUAGCAGA